AUGACUGGUGGAAGGGAUCCACAAGGACUCAGGAGGUCCCUGAGAAUAAAGGAGUUGGAGCAGAGACAACGCCCUGCACCACCACCACCGACAUGGAUAGAAUCAGUUAGAAGACGAAUAGAGGCAGAAGAAGCAGAAGGCUUAGACCAACCACCACAAGUCAAACAGAGAAUAAAUGAGUUGCAGCAGACAAAACGCCCUGCACCACCACCACCGACAUGGAUAGAAUCAGUGAGAAGACGAAUAGAGGCAGAAGAAGCAGAAGGCCUAGACCAACCACCACAAGUCAAACAGAGAAUAAAGGAGAUGCAGCAGACAAAACGCCCUGCACCACCAGCACCAGCAUGGGUAGAAUCAGUGAGAAGACGAAGAGAGGCAGAAGAAGCAGAAGUCUUAGACCAACCACCACUUGUCAAACGGAGAACAGAACCGGUAGUGCCGACGCCACCGGUGGUACCGGCGCCACCAGUAGCGAACCCGCCCGUAGUGCCUUCGGAGACGCCGUCGGGGCAAAGCGGGGGGAUGGUGAUUCCUCCAGAUGUAUUAGAGGAGGUGGUGAAAGGAGUAAAAGGCUAUGGACUUCCGGCGCCGAUACAUAGGGAGGAAGAAGAGGUCCAACAAGAGGUAGACGACAGCCAAUUACCUCCGUUGGCUGACUUUUUAUAUCGGUUUAUCUGGGGAUUUGCUGUCAUAAGAAACUAUGUCGAGAGGGGCCUUUGCGGCAUGCAAGCAUUAAUUGAUAGUCUACAAUGCCAACGUAUCCUCCCUGACGGGGUUUACCUUCCGAGCAUGAAUGAUCUGUUGCAAAUAUAUCGGCAAAAUGUAAGUAGAGGUACAUAUGAUGUUUCGUUUGAGGUCCACCCAGAAGAUCGAAACAUGCCGGGCCCGUUCCAAGCCGAGAUAUUAUCACAUAUUAUAAGCGAAUGGAGCCGCAUUUACAGUAGCCCACCAUUUCUGCCACACGAGGAGACCGAAGAGAGUCGCCUUCAACGACGGGUUCCGCCCCUGAUAGCUGGUUUCCACAGCGAUGGCGAAAUGCCGUUUACGAUUGGGAACACUCAACCCGGAACUCGAAUCGUCUGGAUUCACAACUCUGGCGAUCAUUGGGAAGGUCUCAUGCCAAGUCGUGAUCAAGCGGCCAUCAAUCAGAUGUUUAGAGACUAUGGUCAUGAAUUAUACCGAAGCGAAACUUGCCCACAGUGGUUUGUCGACAUAUGCCAACGGAGACAGAGACGGCAGCCGGUAGUAGGUCUAUUCCCAGACUAUGACCCAUUUAUGCCCGUACACGCAGAGGGACCCCCUGGAUUAUUCGGUAGGUCACCAUCAGUAUCACCACUAUCACUAACAGGACCGACAUCGGCACCAGCACCGCCGCGAACCCUGCAACGUACAGCAGCAGAGGCACUGGAGAGAUUGGAAAGAUUAUUCCAGGCAAGACGGAGAAGGGACGAUGAUAUGGCGUCAGGAAGACAUCAGGACAGCUAUUAUUAA